UUCAUUUUAAACUAUUAUGAUAUAUAAUGAACUAGGAUGAUUAUACUGGCUUCAAUUAGUUUUCUUAAUGUAUAUGAAAGGUACUUGAUAAUUCAUAUACUGAUUUAAUAUUCACCUGUAAUCCGAUGAAUGUACGUUUGUAUAUAUAUAUAUAUACUGAUGGACCUUAAUGAGAAAUACAAACUGUUUUGUAUCGAUUGUAGUGAGAUAUCCAUCUUCAUCAUAUAUCGUUAUAUUAAUUAUCAUUAUUAUUAAUAUUAUAGCUUCAUAAAAUAGCAUAAUAUGUUUAAAAACGUAGAGAAUUUAAAACAAGAACAUAACCAAGAUAAUCAAUCCGAUGAAAAUUAUAAAUUAUAUCCAGAUAAAUUUGAAACCUUAUACUUAAUAGAUUCUGCCAAAGAAUUACUUCAUCCAUUAUCUAAAAGUUAUAGUAUAUCUGGAUCUAUUGUGGAUAUCAAUCGAGUUAAUAAUAUACCAACAAUAGAUAUUUAUCCACAAUCUACAAUACAUAAUUUUCUACCCUCUAGUCAAAAUUCUAAUAAUUCUCUCUCCUCAUCUGAAUAUAUCAUGCGAACAAAUAGUUUAACAGGUAAUAAAUCAACCAAUCCGCAAACUGUAUCAUUUCAGUUAUCUAACAGUAUAAACAAUUCAUCCAAUAUACUAAUUGGUGAUGAAAAUACAGACGCUAAUCAAAAUUUAUUAACCAAUCAACAAUCAACAUCAUCCCCAUCAAAUUAUAUGAAAAUUCAAAAUUAUUUGUUGAAAACACUUGAUAGUCCACAUGAUUUAAGUUAUGCUAAUUCGUCUGCAACUAUUUCACAAUCAUCACAAAUAAAGUUAACCAAUAAUUGUAAUUCACUAGAUCUAUCUGAUCAACUAGGUAUAACAACAUAUAUUGAUGAAAAUGGUCAAAAUUAUAUUAUAACAACAUCACAUGGUAAUCAAUCCAAGUUAAAACAAAAACAACAUCAUAUUCAAGAUCCACGGAUUGAAUUAAAUUUCUUAUGUAAUCAAAUCAAUAAUAAUGCUAUGAUAUCAUCUUCAUUCAAUGACUAUAGCAAUAAUAUUAAUAUUAGUAAUAGAACAACAGAAACUCAACUUCCAAUAUCAACAAAUAGUAUAUCAGAACCGUUUUUAUCAAAUUUAUCAACAGAUCUCAUGACAAGUUCAUCCAUUGAUUCUACUGUAGCAGCUGCAUCAAACGUGAUGAAUUAUAUUUAUCAAAAUGGUUCAUUAAAUUAUGGUAAUACAGAACAAUUAAAAAAUCUAAAUUGUUUAAAUAUACGUACACUAAAUCACUGGAAUUCACUUGAGUUUAAUUUAAAUGGAAGCAUAGAUCAAUUGACAAAUUAUAAUAAUUCACAAUUAUAUGAACCUAAUACCACUAAUUCUACUACAAUAACUACUACUAGUAAUAAUACUGAUAAUGCUGAUAAUGGAACUAUCAAUACUAGUAAUAGUGAUAAUAAUAAUGAUACUAAUCACAGUUUAUUAAGAAUAGAUGAUACAAAUAAUUUAUUGAAACUUCAUCAAUCUGGUCAACAGCAACAAUAUCCAUUACAACAAUUACAGAGUGCAAAUAAUUCCAUUAUUUUGCAUUCGAAUACUGUACAAUCGAAUAAUUUAAAAAAUCAUAAUGGUUUAGGUACUCCAUUCAUUAUUGAAGAUGUUAAACCAAGAUUUCAAGAAAGUAAUGCCAUUAAACACAAUCAUAAUACUAGUCCUGCAAUAAAUACUACACAAGACUCUACAACCGAUAUUAUGAUUGGAUUUAAUAACAGUACAUCUGUAAAUCAUCAAUCAAGUCAUGUAAAUGAUGUAAAUAUAAAAAAUGCCAUAGAUAAUUUAAACAAUAAUAGCAGCAACAUAAGCACUAAUAAUAAUAAUAAUAAUAACCAACCAAGAACUAUUUCAUUCACAGGAAAUUCAAAUUACAGGUCAAGUCAAUUGCAAAACUGUUAUAAUUAUGUUCAGUCUGAAGUGAAUUAUAAGCCUGAUCUGAAAAUUCAAACAUCAAGUAUGCAACAUGUACAAGGACGUCCAUAUCAUCCAACUCUCAUGAAUGGUUCAUUAGUUCCAUCACAUAUAAAUAAUGAAGCAUUAAGUUUACAAAAAGCUUUGUCUAAUAUGCAUGCAAGACAUGAUAUAAUUUCACAUUCUAUUCAAGAAAUGGAAGAAAUUAAUACAAAAGUAUUAGCACAUCGUAUAAGUUCCGAAUUAAAACGUUAUAGUAUACCACAAGCAGUUUUCGCCCAACGUAUUUUAUGCAGAAGUCAAGGUACAUUAUCUGAUCUAUUAAGAAAUCCUAAACCAUGGAGUAAAUUAAAAUCUGGUCGUGAAACGUUUCGAAGAAUGUGGAAAUGGUUACAAGAACCAGAAUUUCAACGAAUGUCCGCUUUACGUUUAGCUGAAUCUGAUCUGAGAUAUACUGGUCCUGUAGUAUGUAAACGAAAAGAAUCAGAACAAAUCAAAUUGUCAGAAAGUCGUCAGCCUAAAAAACCACGUCUUGUUUUUACUGAUAUACAAAGACGAACUUUGCAGGCUAUAUUUAAAGAAACUAAGCGACCUAGUAAAGAAAUGCAGUCUACAAUAGCUCAACAACUUGGAUUACAAGUUUCAACAGUAGCAAAUUUUUUUAUGAAUGCUCGUCGUCGAUCACUAGACAAAUGGCAAGAAGAUACAAGUAAACUGUCGAGUACGAUUAAUUCACCGUCAGAUUCCCCAUACAGUCGUAGUGACGAACAUGGGCAACAGCCAAGUAUGAUCCAUAAUUUAUGCUGUUCACAAGAUGGUGAUUUCAGUAAUUGUACACCUUAUUUAUUACCAUCUAGACAUCAACCUGGAUGUUCACUGUCAAUUACUACUCCUGUAUCAACAUUAAAAGCAUUGGAUAAUAGUUUCAUAUCAGGGAAUCCAACAGAAUUGGAACGAAUAACACGAAAUAAUAGUUUAGCUUCUUGUAAUAGUUUUACUAAACCUAGUAAUCAGUUACCGUUAAAUUCGAAUCUUGCAAGAACAGUAUUAAGUAACAAUAAUGAUAAAAGUGAUUUAUAUAAAUGUGAUAAUUCAGGAAAUAAUAUGAUCCCAUUAGAACACCGUACAUUUAAUACACUGAAUUCAACUGAUAGUCCUUCAACUAUUCCAACUACUAUUUAUGCAUCACAAAAUUCAACUUGUAAACAGCAACAAAUGAAUGCGGAAAAUUUUUCCAAUAAUUAUUCUUUACACUUAACAACACAAAUUCAACACUCAUUUCCACAUCAACUACAAUCACAACAAGAAAACCAGCAACAACAGCAGUCGAAUCCUCCUCAUCAUCAUCAUCGUCAUCAUUCACAGAGUUCAUCGCACCCUAUGAAUACACAAUUAGUACCGUCAUCUUCAUCGUCAGCAUCGUCAUCGCAUCAGUUGAGAUUUCCAUUGGAUAUAUUAGAUCAGAAUAAUGAUACUAGUAAAUACUCAACUAACAACAGUCGGUUACAUAAUUCUGAACAUGAAACAAUUCAUAGUAAUAAUAGUAAUAAUAAUAAUAAUAACCACAACUUAAUUAAAUCAAUUUACCCAUAUUGCAAUUCACAAGCAAAUUAUACAUUCCCUGUAUCAGGUAAUUUACCUUCACAUCAGGUACAUUUAGAUCUGUUCAAUACUACUACUGCUGCUGGUACUACUACUGCUACUAUUGCUACUACUACGAGUGUCAGUAACAAUAAUCUUAUUCAUAAUAAUAAUAAUCAGUUUUUAAUGCGUGAUUUAACUAAUAGUCAACAAUUUGAUCGCCGUUUCUUAAGUACGAUGACUAAUGGGCAGUUAACAUUAACUGAACAAGCUUUAGAAUUAUGUUCUUCACUAGCUGCUGCCAAUGCUAUUUCACUUAAUAAUAAUAAUAAUACAAUUUAUUUGACCAAUGAAAAACCAAAUCAUUUUCAUGCUAAUUCAGAAAUAAAACUUUCACAUGAAUUAAAUGGAUCGGUUGAUAUAAACAAUAUUGUUUCAAUGAUAAUAAUAAUAAUAACACCAAUAAUAAUAUUCAUACUGAAAAUGAUGUGA